UCAUUCAGUUCGCUUUCGACUGUCUGCAUGUUAAGUCAUCCGGCUUUAACGGCCAAUGCAUGCGUUCACAUGCGUUAAGCGAGACGUGCGAGUUAUUAAAAAGUUGAUCUUUAGCGUGUUUUUUUGAAUGAUGGUGGAAUAUCUUAUAGAUACCAUGAAGUGAUAAUAGAUAAAGCUCUACAACACUGGAAGAAUAGUGAAUCUCAAAAAAUAUAUAUAAUUUCCUUCUGUGUUCUGUGAAUAAAAUCGUGCCUAGAUAUGAAGCUACUAAGUGUCUGCUUGCUGAUAUCAUUCCUGCUUGGGAGUUAUCAUGCACAAGUUAUCAAUCCUGUUUCAAUAGAUACACAAAAUAAAGGAAAUGAUGUGGUUUCAUACGAUAAUUUAGUUGUGUUAGAUGAGAUACUGGAUAUAUUCAACAUACGAAACGUUGCUUCGAAUUGGAGCAAUAUCUACAAAAGCAUAACAGCCAACUGCUCUAAUGAUAUGGCACAAUAUUUCAGAGGAUUACAAAACUCAAAAUUUUGGGCAAUGAAAAUGGAUGACUCAUCUGGGAAGUACAACAAAGGAUUCUUUUGGGGUAACAAUUACUGGACUGGAUCUAUAACGCAAUGUUCGUUCAUCUAUCGGAGCAGUGUCGACAAAUAUCAGACAAAAACAGCUAAAACUACGGAUAUAUCAUAUAUCAACGGGAAUUUUCUCGGCGCUUCUGAGAUAAUGCAUGAAAAUCCUCCAUUUGUUCCUGGUUUCUACAUGUUGAAAGUGUUAUUGAAUGACACAUUGAUGCUCGGACCGCCAAGAACUAUUCUCAUGGGACUCUGCCUUCCUGGAUCAUGCCAGCUCGAUGACAUCACAAAGAUGACAAGUAGUAGCAGUCCCUCUCCAGAUAAUUUUAGGAUAUUAGGCGUGAGAUCUCCUACUCUCAACAAUUUUUCCCUGUGGAAAGACUUCACGUUCCAGGUUUUAUUUGUCGUAACAAUUGUGGUGAGUUUACUGCUGAUUGGAGGCACAGGAUACGAUCUAGUGUUACGGAAACGACAAAAAGAAGAGAUAAAAAUAAAGAGUUUCUCCAAGGAUUUGAGCUCUGAAUCAUCUUCUGGGUUGGGAUGUACGACUUAUGAUCUUACCCAAGGUAUUCAUGAUAAAGGAGGCAAACCAAGGUGUGAUGCGUUCGGAAUCACAGUGAGUGUAAAUAAUAACAACUCGGAUGAAAAUCUGGCAAUUGAACCUGCCGUUACGGGGGAGCAAAAACUUAGUGUUUGGGCUGAACUGCUGCUAUCUUUUUCCGUAGUCACAAACAUACGAGCUAUUUGUGAUAGGAAUGUUGGCAAUGACACAAUCCCAUCCAUCCAUGGAUUACGCGCUUUAUCUAUGCUUUGGGUCAUCUUAGGACACACGAUGAUCGUCGUGUUCAAAUAUUCAGACAACAUGGAACUGCGUAAGGUUGUCGAGAAGGAAGUCCUAUUCCAGGCAAUCCUCAAUGGUGCAUAUAGCGUAGACACGUUCUUCUUUAUUAGUGGAUUCCUUGUGUCAUACAUCUAUUUUCGGACAAAUGCAAAAGGAAAGCUUGAGAAGUUGACCCAAGGCGUUAAUGACUUCACUGCUGGGACAUACCACUUUUUCGGAUUGGUCGGCUAUCGCUUUGUAAGACUUACCGCACCAUAUCUUUACGUUCUUGGAAUGGUUGAAGUUAUAAUGCGGUAUCUGGAACAAAAUUCUGUUUUUGAGCCUCCUACCAAAGAUCACAUUACCUGUCCAAAGUAUUGGUGGCGAAACAUCAUGUACAUAAACACUCUUUUUCCGGUGGAGCAAAUGUGCAUGCUCUGGAGUUGGUAUCUGGCAGAUGACACUCAAUUCUAUAUCAUCGGAGCUAUCAUUUUGAUCAUCGCAGUUCGACAUUUCAAAUUUGCGGCGGGGAUGCUGUUAUUAUUUAUGAUUUCAUCAUGGGCUACUACUGCAUAUAUAGCGUUCUCGAAUAAUCAUAUGCCGAACGCUGAUGAUCCAUUUGCUUUAUUCGAUAAAAUCUAUGACAAGCCCUGGACACGACUCGGACCAUAUUUAGUUGGAAUGUGCGUUGGAUGGAUAUUAUUCAAAACUAAUUGUAAAAUUAGAUUAUCCUGGAUCGCGGUAAUUACGGGAUGGACUGUUUCAACGUCAAUGAUUUUAUAUCUGUUGUUUGGUCUCUUUAACACCACUCUAACGCAAAUCACUGCCGCAGCAUACAGUUCUUUGAGCCAUACAGCGUGGGCCAUGGCUUGUGCAUGGAUCAUAAUCGCCUGCUCAACUGGAUAUGGAGGAUGGAUUAAUAAACUGUUAUCAGCUCCUUUACUUUACCCUUUUUCCAGAGUUACGUACUGCGCUUACCUAGUACAUCCAAUAGUAAAUAGGAUAUAUGCCAUGGAAUCGGAAUCGCCAAUCCACAUGUCUCCAAAUAGUCUGACUACACUGUACAUGGGCCAGGUGGUAUCGUCAUACUUGCUGGCUUUUGUUAUCUCACUUUCAUUUGAGGCACCUGUGGUUACAAUGCUCAGAAUUAUGUCACCCAACAAAAAACGAUGAACGUGAAGUGUACAGUAUACCGCUCUCCUCUCCGCAUGCUGUUGAUUUGACUUUUACUAUUUAUGUGCAGCAUCUCUUUGUUAGAUAAUAUGUGUUUAGGGUUAACUUAAUUUCCAUGAUGAUUGUGUUGGAUAGUAAUAAAAUUAUAUUUUGUAUUUCGAGAAUUUUUGUAAUAAAACAAUAUCAUAGGAAUCAGUUCUAAUAUUUUAUAAAAUUGUUGAAUCUAAAAUGACGUAAUUAAUUUUAUAUAUUAAAUGACAUACACACGUAUAAAUACUACACAAACAAAAACGAUACAAUAAAAUCAUAGGUUUUUCAGUCUAUUGCCACAUGUGAACAAUCGAGCUUCAGACACCUAGGAUCCGGAAUAACUGCUCAUCCUAUAGCAGCGCCUCUAGUAAUUUUUUCCAAUAAUAAUUUAAUAUUUUGAUUUGAUGUGUUCCUCUUUCAGUGAUGAAAAUUUGUUUAUGAUCGAUCAGUCAAAGAAUUUUCAGUUGCGGAUGCUACAAACGGGACCAUGGUUUCGAGGAUGUAAAAGGAAGAGUUCCUGGGAAAGCAUGUGCUUCCGUACAUCAAAACUCACGAAGAGUCUACGUGUUUUUGUCACGUUUGGCAAGCUACAGAUAAGACAUAUUUCAGUUGUAUCGUGAUAAUGGAGCGGGUUUCAUCGGAAAGGCUUUCAACACAUCAAAACCAAGUGGAGAAAUAAUUUCAAACAAAAGCACAAGAAGAGCUGUUGGGAGAACU